AACAACAACAACAACGGCAACAAGAACAAUAUACUGUUCAAUUAUUGAAUGAUUCAAUUCAAAUCAAUUCAAGUAUUUAUCAUAAAUGGAUCCGGCCAUUAUGGAAUACAGAACAAUGUGUGAAUAUAUCAGUGAAUAUGAAAAUGGAUCCAAUUGCCACUUAUAAAGAUAUUGAAUCAUUAUUAGAAAUACAAGCAAUAUAUGAAUUUCAUUGGAAUGAUUCACGGUUAACAUUUUCAUGUGAAAUGGUCAAAGAAAUUAUUGGUACACAUUAUUUUACGGAUAUUUGGACACCAAAUCUUCGUGUAUCAAGAGUUGAUGAUAUAGAUGUUUUUGGUUCAAAAACAUUGUCGAAGUUGACAUUUUUACGUAUCGGUUGUGAUGGUGAUGUAUCUAUACGUUAUAGAACAAAUCUAAAUCUAAUCUGUGUAAUGAAUUAUCAAAGCUAUCCAUUCGAUAAUCAAACCUGUUAUAUACAUCUAAUAUCAAGCGAUCUAUCAAUAAAACAUUUAAUACUUAAAUGGAAUGAUUCACAAUUGAUUGAAGAUGGUUUUCAAAUUACUGGACAUUCAAUACAAGGAUAUUCAAUAUCUGAACAUAAUAAACAUAUACAAAAAGAAACAUUUAGCAUGUUAACAGUUGAAUUGAAUGUUAAAAGACAAUUUGUACAUUCAAUGUUUACAUUAUUUUUACCAUCAAUGUUGAUUGUUGCAACAUCAUGGAUUUCGUUCUGGAUUGAUAUAACAUCUGCACCUAGCCGUACAUCGAUUGGUGUGACCACAAUGCUUGCAUUGGUAACCGUAUCGAAAGAAGCAAAACAAACAAUACCAAAAGUAUCAUAUGUUAAAGCAAUUGAUCUUUGGUUUGCUGGAUGUAUUGUAUCGAUAUUUUGUACAUUAAUUGAAUAUGUAUACGUAUGUUAUGUACAUCGUGAAGAGCGAAACAAAUUAAAAGUUCGUAAACGAAUUAAACGUAGCCUUAGUGUUGCAUCAUUUCUAUCGCCUAUGGACAAUAAUAUGAAUGUGAAUGAUAACAAACAGGAUGGACAAAAUGUUAUUUAUCAACGACAAAAUAGUUGUGGAUUAUUUGCUACUAAUGGCAGUAAUAGUAAUUAUAAUAAUUUAUUACUUGCGCCAACAUUAUCGACAAUCAAAACAGAUCAUGAAUUGAAUCAACGACGAUUAAAUUUGGCACGUAGAUUUAGCUAUGCAUGUCCUAGUACGUUUAUCCAACAGCAGCAGCAACAACAACAACAACAAAUACCCAAUAAUCAGCAACAAUCACCACCAUCACCAUCACCAUCACAAAUGAACAAUAAUAAUUAUGAUUCAAUUUCAAUGAUAUUAAAGGAUACACCACAAGAAAUUGCUGAAUCAAUUGAUCGUAAAUGUCGUUAUCUAUUUCCAUUGGCAUUCAUUCUAUUCAAUCUUAUAUAUUGGUCAUAUUUGUAAUGAAAAAAGAGAAAAAAUUCCAAUUCAUCAUCAACAUCAAACUGGCAGUUUAUUGGUGAAACAAAAUUCAUUGAGAAAAAAAAAAUUUUUUUUCCAGGGUUACAAACACCAUGUGAUUAAAAAUACGUUUUUCAUAUUUUU